AGCGUAGACCCACUAUUCGGCAGGUAUACAGCGUUCAGUGAAGUGAUAGGUGUAAUUGGAUUGAAGAGACCGGUUAAAACUUAAAAGGCUAUCAAUGUAAAAUAGCAAUUGAAUUUGUGCGCUUAAGAACUGUGUGGAAUACUAGCAACAUGGAUUUAUUUCGGUGUUAUAGAAUUGGAUUAUUAAUUUGUGGAGUUUUACUUUGUUUCGCAGACGCAACCAAGACCAAGUAUGGGGAGGCCGUCCGGAAGUUGCUUGAGGAGAACGGGUACAAGGGGGGGGCCAGCGGAGUCCUUGUCGGCAACCGGCUAGCCUUCGUCGAAGGCUUCAUCGAGGACCAUGCCCUAGGGGUCACGGGUCACUUCAAGCAUGCUCGCAAGGCACUCCCGGCGUCGGGUAUCUCCAAGAUUCUCACGGCGCUGACAGUACUGAAUUUAAUCGAGGAAGGAAAACUGAGUGGGAACAACAUGGUUUUUGCUGCGGAUGGCGUACUAGCGGACCUUGUUGAGAAAAGGGAUAAUGUAAAAGACAAGCGGAUGUUUGAUAUCACCGUAGACGAUCUGCUAAGACACGCGGGAGGCUGGGACGCCGAUAUCUCGAAGAUCGCAGAUCCGGUCUUCAAUGAUUACCUCGCUGAUGGGAACCACCACCUGAUCAACAUAGCAAAGGAACUGAAACUGAAAACCCAGCUGACACCAAAUGACAUCAUCAAGUUUAUGUUGACGCAGCCACUAGAUUUUGAGCCUGGAACCAAAUCCAUCACAUCAAACUUCGGUUAUAUGGUACUGGGUCGGGUGAUUGAAAAGGUCACCAAGGAACAUUACGAAAGCGCUGUAAAAGACGAUGUUCUUGUCAACUGUGGCAUGUGGCACACAACACUCGGCUCGCACGAGAAAGUGGACAUUGGGAAGGAACGAAAAGCGGGAGAGAUUCUUGCCGAACUUCGUGAUAAGUACCAGGUAAUUGGUGAAUACUACGCACACGUUACACCGCACAUAGUGGACGCAAGUCUUGGAUGGUUUACGAACGCGUUUGACGUCAUGCGACUCGCUCAGUGCAUAGACGGCAGCGCCGAGUACCGAUUACUCAACGACACCACAAUGGAGCUGGCGCUGCGACCACCACGAAAGGCGCGCGACAGCGAAACCACGUGGCAAGGUGCCGGCUUCAUGGUUCACAAGGACGGCGCCAUCUGGGUCGGCGAGGAGACGCAUGCACCGGACGUAGUCUUCGUGCACAAGAACCUGAAACGGUACCAACAGAAGAGCGCGUAUACUGGCACUGAGAACGACCCCGUUGCCUGGACAAUACUUUUUGAAGGCAAGCCAACAAUCAACGCUCCGCUCAAGCAGCUAACAAAAGUCAUGGUGGAGGCGGAAGCCCACUGGCCCACCGUCAAUUCGUUCGUGGACGACCUACAUGAUAAGCUUCUAACGCUUGGGACCAGCACUAAACUCAUCAAACUGAAAGUAGAAGAGCACCGCGCGAACCAAUACCUUAUUGCUCUGAAGCGAGCGCAGUUUAACGUCAUCUGGAUCAACGCCUACACGAAUGACGACAGCACAUUUAUCACCGUGAUCGCGGAACAGGACCCAAAGGCAAGUCGAGAAUGUGUAGCCUUGGCUGGUCUGCCUCUGAACAAGCUCGUGGAGCGAAAAAUGGAAUUGCAAGAAGAGGGAUACAACAUUACCUUCAUUCAGAAUUACAAGAGUUUCUCGCACAAAGAUAAAUUCGUUUUCAUCGGCGUGUUCCACAAGGGAGCGUUCCGCAACGACAGUCACAUUCUUUACGGUAUCCAGCACUUCGACCGUCCCUACCAGACGUUGUUACAGCUGUAUGAGGAGAAGGGCUACAAACCACUAGUACAGUCUCUCGAGUACAAUCGGGACGACGCGCUGUUAACAUUCAUUCUGGAGGCCGAUGACGGUGACGAGAAGAAUCAACAGGAGAUCUACUCGUCCGAAAUAGACCUGGACGAGUCCAAGCUGGAUAGGUACGUCCGAAAGUACGCGCGCCAGCAGCGCCGCCUGAUCUACCUUGACGCCUCGAACCACCGGGGCAAGCCGAAGUUCUCCGCACUGUUCAAAAAGACCCAGAUGUCGAAGUGGCUGUUCUCGCUUGGUCUCACGCCGGAGGAGAUUCUGAUGACGGUCGAGGCGAAGCAGAGCGAGGGUUACCUCCCCUCCAUCAUCGUGGGCUACAGUCAGAACCAGAAGGACGAGCCCAAGUUUGCAAUUUACCUGGAAAAACCGGGAGAUUCGAAGAAAUUCUUUUAAUGUGAACUGAUUAAUAUAGACAAAUGACUCUUGUUACAUUUUAAUGUAUACUUUACAUUGCGUAAGCGACAUUUGUCAUGCGACGUCAGAAGAAGAACAACAAUAGGUUACUUCGCGGUUAAGUACGUGUAUGCAAUUAUUCGCGCAAGAAGGUAUUGCAGACAAUAUGGCAAUUACUUAAAAAUAUAUAUAUUCAAACGAUUGGGCCAUCGACAUUUAAGCUUUGUAGCUUUGCCAAAUUAUACAAGGCAUGAAAUCAAAACGCGCGCAUAUCGUUGUAUUAAAUACAUUAACGAUAGUAUCCUUGGUGUUGGCCUCAUUUUUUGUGUGAUACAACAACGGGACCUAGUUUCGCACGCUUUGGUGCACACCCAUCAUAAAACUGAAAUGUGAACCUCUUAUUCAUGCGUAAUGGAAUUUAAAUAUGUUAAACGAAUGUUACACUCAAUUAGCUUCUAGAGCGCAAACAGGACAUUAUUUGUUCACCCGAAUACAAAAUUUAAAUAAAGUAGACGUGCUAAAAAAACAUUUUUUUCUCCCUUGAAAAAUCUGCCUCUUUGUGUUUUGGUUGUUUAAAAUUAGAGAAUGUAAGAAUGUAUUAUUUAUUUAAAUGUAAACACUUAAAUAAAACAUUGUUGACGCCGUCCCAUUUAUGCCUAGUGGACUCUCCAAUCCUUCUAAAUUGAAUCAAUUUAUUUCCAAAAUUAGGGGUGUCUAGUAUAUUUAUUUCUAUAUUUAGAAUAUUUCUUAUAGAAAUUCCUUUAGGCAAACAGCACAGACCCUGAUGAGACGCCGUAUUAUGCGGCGUCUCAUCUGGGUCUACGCUGUUUGCCAAGGCCUUUUUUCUAGACGCUAGGCAUAAAUGGGCUAAUAAAGCACUUGUAUUUGAUAAUGAGGAUCAUCAAUUCAAUAAUGCCUUACGUGGUUAAUUAUGAGUUGUCAAGUAGCCACGAUUGUAAUUGAAUAAAUACACUAAUAUUACAUUUAUAAUACAACGCUGUAUAUCAUUUCCAUUUAAUCAUAUGUGAAUAGAAUUCAAGUUUGUACAUUUUAUAACGCAACCAUUUGUUAUAUGAGAACGCUGAAUUUAAAAUAAGGCUGGAAGACAAAAUGUUACGUCGCCUCGAGUGACCGAUACGUUGCUGGUUGUUGUUUUUGCAUUUGAUAAAUUGUGAAUUAUGCAUGAUUAUAAUAUAGUACAUGUAUCCACUUGACGAGUGCCUCGUGGAUUUAAGCACCAACAACAAAAUUAAUACACAAGUUGAGAUAUUUGAAACAGUUCUCGAGGAUUUAUAUACAGUUGAAAAUUCUACUUGAAUCAAGUGUUGUAUAAAUUACAUUUUAUAUAUACAAUUAUAUUUUUCGUUAUACUGACAUCCGUGGACAAAUUGUUGAAAAUGCACCCGUUUACGGGUGUUAUAUUUUACAAAAACAGGACUUACAUUUAUGUAACUAGCCUCUUUAAAACACGAAAUGCCCACUUUUUUUUUCAAAGUCAAUGUUUCCCGUACAAUAACUUUUUCUACGAUCAUGAUUCUUGUUUGUUCCAUACAGGUUUCUUUUACAUUUGGCGUUCUCUGAUAUAAUCCCUUCGUUCAUAUAGUGACGUAAUUGAAUGACUAGUACUUAGUUAUUUACUUAGUUUGCUUCGCCCAUUUCAGAGCAGUGGUUAUCCACCACUUUACGCAUUAUGAUCGGUCCUGGGCCCUUGUCGGAGUUUUUAAAAAAAAUGUUGGGAAUGGGGCCUGGUCCUUCAGGAUUUGGAGAAAAUGCGUUGUUUUUGGCUGAAAUUCGGUAAUUAGUGCUGUUGUUUUUGUUUCUUACCAAUACUUUAAAAUUGAUAAUACAAGUGAUUUCAAUAAUUUACUUUGGGUGAAAUUGUAAAGCUUGCUAGGAAAUGAACUCCUUGUUGAGAAUCAUAUAUACAAAAUAAGGUCCCGUUUGGGCAAAAUACAUAUAUUUCCAUCGGGAAUGGGUCCCCCUAGCAGAUCAAAAUUUUAACAAAAAAAAAACUGAUUGCUUUGGCCCGAUUCCAGGACAGGUUGAUGGUCUUAUGUUUAGGGUAAUGUGUAAAUAUUUUACUUAUUUAGUUUACUUACAAAGUUUAUAUUUGUUACUAUUUAAAUCUAAUGUUGUAAGUACAUUUUAAUAUUGUAUACAAUAAACCUUUUGAAACAAA